UAUAAAUUAUACCAAGGUAUUGGAGUUUCUGUUGUAAAAACAGUUAAUUUGGAAAAUAUUGUCGUUAUUCUAAUGAACGUUGUUUAUUUAAACACAUGGCCGAGAAAAGAAAUAGGGACACAUGUGUAGAGUUUAUCUAUGUAAAAUUACGACACUAUGCCACAGGUAAUACCGUUUUUUCGAAAGAUCAACAAUCCUUUUUUUCCAAUAUCAUUGCUCGUUGAGUAUAUAAGGUUCAGAUUAUUUGACGCUGACCGCUAGUAUGAUAUAUGUUUACGAUACGAUAUACGGUACGACAUAUAUUUUAAAAAAUAUGAGGUGGUGCCUGGCAAUAUUGUUUUUUGGACUCACGUCUACAGUAUGUUCUGGACACAUGUGCGAGCCCGUUUAUGGGGUGGACUUCGAAUUGCUGACCUCUGCAUAUGCGGCGGGUGCUGAAAGUUUUCCAACACCGACUAUCGAGUAUCAUGAUCGCUCAGCGUGCAAAUUUGGAAUGAAAUACACGAAUGACGUAAUGUCAUACAUCGAGUCACUUUUCCUCAAUGUAUACCUUCAGGCUGAUCAGACAGGUCAUCAACUGAUCAAGGCUAUCAAAGAUUGCUCUAAUGUGUUAAGAGGAGCGAUCUUAUCCAUUGGGAACAUUCAAGAGACACACACCAGUAUAGAAGAAAGUUUGAUAUCGCUGAUUGGACAGGUUAACGUAUUUUUGAGUCUAGUUCCUGGAAACGUGGACGUCAAAUUGGUGACUCUAUCCGAUUUACCUGCGGAACAAGUAACUAUCCCGCUCUCCAUUGACAAGGAGCGAUCAGCGGCUGAUUUGUUUCUUCAUUGGGCAGAAAUAGCAGACUCGGUUUUCGUCAGAUUGUAUGGGUACAUUACUGGAAUGUUCCUAUCCGGCUGGAGUAACGCUAGGUUGUAUUUCAACGUCGUUGGAACACAAAUUCGUAACCAGGUUCUGACUUCAACAGCCUUGACUAACUACAAGAUUGCCAUUGCCGAAGUGCUCAGUCAGUCUGAUCUAAUUCAAAGUCACUGCACAAACGAAACAUGGGGAUUAUUCCAAGAAGUCGCUUCCGAAGUAGCUGCAGUUUCGCACAACGUGCAAGACGCGUUGGAAAACUAUGCCACAUGCCUUGCAUAAUAUAACACUGUGCACUACCUUUGUAUCCAUCGUUAAAUGAAAUGAAUGUAUUGCUUUAUCCAAUUUGCUUGAUAUGAAAAUAUAAUAUUUCUCAAUCUACUCUCUUGGCAACUGAA